GAAAUUCAACUUGUCUCGUCCUUUGGCCUGCUGAUGAAAAGAUGGAACCAGGCCUGCUGAUUGCGUAUCUUGCCUUGGGCACAAUGGCCGUUGCGCCAAUAUAUUUUGGCUCCUUCUCGGCCUUGAAGAUUCCGAAAAAGAGGGACUCCACCCGAGGCAAGAAAGGACGAAAUGAGGAAGAAGAGGAGGAUAUUGAGGAAGAAGAAGCAGAGUUCUUUCGAUUGGAGGAUGCCUAUUGGUUCCCUGUCUUUGGAUCUCUGGCCCUUGUGUCGCUCUACGUGGUCUUCAAGUACUUGAACAAAGAGUACCUCAACGCCCUCUUUACCGCCUAUUUCUCGAUUCUGGGAGUUGGCGGCGUCAUUAAGAGCUUCCUCGGAAUUAGCAGAGCUGUGACAGGUUGGAAGAUCAAAGGAGAAUACCGAGUGGAUCUGUGGAAAAAAGAAAAAGAAAUUGCUUCGUACCAUUUCGGGAACUACCAUCUCUUCCUCAUCGUACUGUCCAUCAUCAUUGCGGGUCUGUACGCCAUGACGAAGCACUGGAUUCUCAACAACAUCUACGGAGAAGCGUUCUCCGCAUCUGCGAUUCAACUUCUUAAUCUGGAUUCGUUUAAAACCGGAAUGGCGCUCCUGUCCUUCCUCUUCCUGUACGACAUAUUUUGGGUUUUCGGCACGGACGUCAUGGUCACAGUUGCGAAGGGCUUUGAUGCGCCUGUCAAAGUUCUGUGGCCCAAAGAUAUUGUUGGACUUAUCAAGUCCGGAUUUUUCACGACAGAAGGUGUCCCCUUCACGCUACUUGGCUUGGGCGAUAUUGUGAUUCCCGGUAUCUUUGUGGCCCUGUGUCUCCAGUUUGACCAUCAUCAGUAUCUGAAUUCCAAGGAAGGGAAAAAAAAUAAGUACACGCUGUCCUUCCCCAAACCAUACUUCACGGUCUGCUUUAUUGCCUAUGCUCUGGGACUCGUUACCACAGUGGUCGUAAUGCAUACGUUCCAGGCAGCACAGCCUGCCCUUCUAUACCUAUCACCUGCAUGCAUAUUGUCAGUCCUGCUAACAGGCCUAGUUCGAGGCGAGCUUAAGCAAGUCUUUGCCUUUGCCCCUGCAGAGAAGGAGAGCCCCAAAAAGACUUUGGAGCAUAUUGCAGACGAUCUUAAAAUCGAGAACACCGCCGCGUCUGAAGACGAUCUCGGAACGCACGGCAGUGAGGGAGCUACAAGUGAACAGGAGGGUUCACGGAGUCGAAAGGGCAAGAAAAAGACGGGAACCGGUGGCAAACGGAAGGCCGUCAAGAAGCAAUAAGGUUUCAUGUGAUCAGGCGCCAAUAGAUUGGAUGCACUUUUUUAAACUACUCGUCGGGUCUAAAUACUUGUACUAUGAAAGGUGAUGAACACAAGAAUUAUGACAUACUAAUAGGCCUGCUUGUCAGUCAAUUGCAAAG